AUUGGCAGUUCAGAUAACCAAUCAAGAAUGCCACUUUGUACCCCUGGGGAGGCACCGAGCUCUGUCGUUGCGUUUCCGGCGGUCGCGCGCUCUUUUCUUGGGACGGUAGAGGCCGUGUAGCGUCGCCGUUACUUUGAGGAGAGAACAGUCGGUAGAGGGGUACAAAAAAUGCAGAGCAAUAAAACCUUUAACUUGGAGAAGCAAAACCAUGCUCCAAGAAAGCAUCAUCAGCAUCACCACCAGCAGCACCACCAGCAGCAACAGCAGCAGCCACCGCCGCCAGCAAUACCUGCAAAUGGACAACAAGCCAGCAGCCAAAAUGAAGGCUUGACUAUUGACCUGAAGAAUUUUAGGAAACCAGGAGAGAAGACCUUCACCCAACGUAGCCGGCUCUUUGUGGGCAAUCUUCCUCCUGACAUCACUGAGGAAGAAAUGAGGAAACUAUUUGAGAAAUAUGGGAAGGCAGGUGAAGUCUUCAUUCAUAAGGAUAAAGGCUUUGGCUUUAUCCGCUUGGUAGCAACUCUAAAACUAGUUCAUGUGUCAGUGGCAGGUGUAGAGAGGAAGCCUACUAUAGGGUAUGAUUUGAUCUUUCUUUUUCCCAGAUUUCCUCGACCUGUGACUGUGGAGCCCAUGGACCAGUUAGAUGAUGAAGAAGGACUUCCAGAGAAGCUGGUUAUAAAGAACCAGCAAUUUCACAAGGAGAGGGAGCAGCCACCUAGAUUUGCACAGCCUGGCUCCUUCGAGUAUGAAUAUGCCAUGCGCUGGAAGGCACUCAUUGAGAUGGAGAAACAGCAGCAGGACCAAGUGGACCGCAACAUCAAGGAAGCUCGUGAGAAACUGGAAAUGGAGAUGGAGGCUGCUCGCCAUGAGCACCAGGUCAUGCUAAUGAGGCAGGAUUUGAUGAGGCGUCAAGAAGAACUUCGGAGGAUGGAAGAGCUGCACAACCAAGAAGUGCAAAAACGAAAGCAACUGGAGCUCAGGCAGGAGGAAGAGCGCAGGCGCCGUGAGGAAGAGAUGAGGCGACAGCAGGAAGAAAUGAUGCGGCGACAGCAGGAAGGAUUCAAGGGAACCUUCCCUGAUGCGAGAGAGCAGGAGAUACGGAUGGGCCAGAUGGCUAUGGGAGGUGCUAUGGGCAUAAACAACAGAGGUGCCAUGCCCCCUGCUCCUGUGCCUGCUGGUACACCAGCUCCUCCAGGACCUGCCACUAUGAUGCCAGAUGGAACCUUGGGAUUGACCCCACCAACUACCGAACGCUUUGGCCAAGCUGCUACAAUGGAAGGAAUAGGGGCAAUUGGUGGAACUCCUCCUGCAUUCAACCGUGCAGCUCCUGGAGCUGAUUUUGCUCCAAACAAACGUCGCCGAUACUAAUAAAAUUGCAGUGUCUAGUUUCCCAAAACCCUUAAGAGAAGGACCCUUUUUGGACUAGCCAGAAUUCUACCUGGAAAAGUGUUAGGGAUUCCUCCCAAUAGUUAGAUCUUCCCUGCCUGUACUACUCUAGGGAGUAUGCUGGAGACAGAGGUCAAGGGAGGGGUGAUAUUUAACAAAUCAUUUCUGUGUGGUAUAUUGUUUAAUUGUGUCUGUGUGGUGCAUUCCUGAAGUCUCGAGAUUAUUGAAGGCCAGGGGUGGGGGGCGAUGGCAAAAUGGAUCCAGUUAGAGCCCCCAUGAAUCUUGAUCAUUCCAUUCUGUUUAUCCUGUUCUAUUUGCAUUCUCAUUCUUAAAUUUCCCGACCCGGAGACACUGCCACAUGUACCACAAAAACCACAAACGUCCUCCAUCACUUGAUUCACUCCCAGGUGGGAAUUCAGGCAAUGUCCGCAGAGGUCACAGAUUACAUACAUACAUACGGUUCUGUUAUACCCCAUAUAUUAUCCCUUCAUAUCCUAAGGAAGACAUUUUUCUCUUAGAGAUUUUCAUUUUAGUAUAUCUUUAAAAAAAAAUCUUCUGUUAACUAGCCUCCAUCUUUUUCUUGGGUAAGGACAACCCAGGAAUGGCCCUUUUGUGUCUGAUGUUGCUGUUCACAGCUUUUCUUGAUAGGCCUAGUACAACCUUGGGAACAGGGUUGCUGUAUGAUGAAAUGUCCAACAGUAGCUCUUAGCAUUGCCUAUCUUAUGUAGUUAUGCUGUGCUUUUUUUUUUUUUAUUGGUGUACCAUGUUUGAUUUGUUCCUGAUACCUUCGGAGUUUUUUUCUGAAAAUGGAGCGGUAAUGAAGCAUCAACUUAUUAAAAUACAUUUUAAUCCUUUUCA